GGAAAAGUCCAUCAAAUACAAAAGCGGCUGUUGAUAUGCAUCAAUGCACUUAGGUUUUCCAUUGCUGCUGCACUGUUGUCUUUGCGCUUUCGCUCGUUGACAAAGGUCUUCGAAAUAGUCUUUUGUAUGUCAACUGGAAAAUAUAUUUGGUCAUGUUAUCUUCUAUGUUGAAGCAACAUCAGGCGAAACAAAGCAAAGUCCGCGAGGAACAAGAACGCAAACGUCAAGAAGCUUUGAGGGCCUUAUUUAAAUUUAACACGGCGGUAACGGCGUCCGUGAAUAAUGGAGUCGCAAUCGCAUACAGCAACCAAUGUCAGAUUGAUAAAGAAAUGAAACAACUUCAGGGCCAAGUUUCUCAAUUUAAUCGAUUAUCUGGUCAAUGGACAUCGAUGCUAGAAGGAUUCCAUGCAGCUCUGAAAGAAUUAGGGGAUGUUGAAAACUGGGCCAAAAGCAUUGAAGAAGACUUGAGAACUGUUUCUGCUACAUUAGAACACGUCAAUAAGCCACCGGAUGACUCGUAAGCAAGCAUCAUUGUUAUCAGUUGCAUUAACCUUUCUGAACUGUCCAAAGUGAUAGGACUGGAGCCUGCGCACUUUUAAAUCAAUGUCCUGGUACUUAUUAGAAGAACUGAUAUUUUUGUGCAAUAAUUAUUUACAUAUAUUUCAAUAAAUCGUUAUCAAAAGUAUAA